AUGUGGGCAUCUUCUGUAGUAAUCCCUAGUAUAAUAAAGGGUGUACUUCACAUUAUUAUCACGUCUCUUGGCUUGACUCGACAACAUCUCCUACUUGUCUCAUGCUGUAUUUCGUCACUUUCGCAAUUUUCGUAUGAGUUUGAUAGACAAAGGACACAUUGUUCGGUUGGAGCAAAAAAAAACAUAAAUCUUGGACCACGCGACACAUUGGAACCCUGUCGCAGUUAUCAGCUCAAUUCAAACACGGACAGUCAAUGCAGAUCAGACAUAUGUAUAAACAAUAAUAAAUCAUCGUACACUGUGGUCAGAUCCGCUACUGGUUCAAAUAUCACUGUAACAAAGAGCAAGCAUAAGGAAUAUUACAAACGAUACGAACACGACGAAGUUCCAGUGAAAGAUAAUAGUAAUGAUCAGCGCAAAGACAGCCCAUCAGUUAAAAUGGGCGGCAAAUCUAAAAAAUCAAUCACCGACUCUGAUUUAGAUAGGCUAGAGCAAAAUAUUUAUCGGAACAUAUCGCAAGAACUCCAAAUAGAUAACGGUUCUGUAAGUAGCCUUGAAUCCAACAUAAAAUUCUUUAAGACUACGGUGCAAGACAUUUUCAACACUUUCCAAUCAAACUUGCGAGAUUACGACCUAUACAAGAAAAAACUUAACGAAAUUCUCAAUAGAACUCAUACAGAUUCCAUAUCGGAUAUGGAAAAUUUUAUAAAAGAUAUGAUACAGAACAUAAUAUCCUCUGAACCGUCAGUUCAAUCAGUAAUAACUAAUGACAAUCAGGUGCAAGUUGAAGUCACAGACGCAGUUAAAGAUAAGGAAUCAAGAACGGAUACAGUAGAAUCCAAUAGAACUUAUGACGCAAGUUUUGAAGACGACAGUCUGCAAGUAGUUGUUGAAGCUUAUAAAAAUGAUAACUAUCUUACAGACUCUACUCUCAAUGAUAAUUCCAAAUCGAGAAAUCGUACAUUCGACAAUAGAGUAAACGUGUAUUUACUGAGCAGUAGCACACCGUGUGUUAUAAAGAUGAACAAUCGCAAUAUGAUGUCUGAAAUUAAUAUCAAGGAUACAAGUGUUGAAGGAGUUUCGUCUUAUGUGGCUUCAACGGAGAACAUAAAGAAAAUGGUCGCCAAAAAGAAAGAAUUAGAACAGUACGAGUUACAGCCCCAACAGUUGUCAGACAGAGAAAUACCGGUCAAAGUGUCGUUUGCAAAGAAGAAUCUAUGCACUGGCGACGAUGGCACGGUGGACGAGAAGGAAAUCGAGGAAACUGGCAAGUCAUUCAUAUCAAAAAUUUGCAAUUACAUUUGCAAAAAGUUGCGAAAGAAUUCUCUGUGAUGUUU